UACAGCCCCCGGGAGCACACGAGCAGUGGCGGAUGAGCAGCUCGAGCAGCUCUAGAUAACAUGCCCGGAGAUGACGGAGAGGGCGCUCAGCUCUCGACGAACCAGGAGAAUACUCUGCAGACAUAUCUAGCUGUGACGGGUCAGGACCGGGAAGCUGCUAUACCGCUGCUUAGGCGCUCAGAAUGGAACGUCCAGAUUGCUAUAACCAAGUUCUUCGAUGGGGAAGCUCCGGACCCCGUGGAGGAAGCUCGAGCAGCUAUGGAUUCUGGGAUACCUCCUCCUAUACCGCAGUCCCGCGAGAACCUGAUGGCUACGGACCUGGCAUACUCCAACUCGAACAUACUCUCAUCUAUACGGCGAGCCGAGCCAGCGCCACGGAUAACGUCCCAGCCCAACGAUACACCUCCCUUCCGGCCGCCAUUUCUACUAGCUAUCCUGUUUACGCCGUUUAAUCUCAUUUACAGGCUGCUAUCAAGCUCUCUCCGCGUCUUCGGAACAUUAUUCCCCUUCCUACCACGCCUACUGAACACUUUUGCGAGUUCUACAAUAUCGAGAGUCAAUAAAUCUUCUCAGGGAAGAAGGUCUCUUGCUCCAAAGGAUACGGCUGCUCGGUUCAUUCGGGAAUUCGAAGAAGAGUAUGGAGCUCACUCGCUACCAUUCCUCGAAAAUGGGUAUAACAUGGCACUUGAGAGAUCCCACAAGGAUCUAAAGUUUCUGCUGGUUGUUCUACUCUCUCCGGAGCACGAUGACACCGAUGUCUGGGUGCGGGACACCCUACUCUCUCCAGAAGUGGUUUCAUACCUAAACGACCCUUCGAACAAUGUUCUUCUCUGGGGUGGGAAUAUCCAGGACUCGGAGUCAUACCAGGUGGCGAACUCACUCAAAUGCACAAAGUUCCCCUUUGCAGUAGCAAUUGCCCAUACUCCAAGUGUCUCAUCUACCGCCAUGUCGAUAAUAGGCAGGAUUCCAGGCCUCAGCUCUCCCACUGAGUUCCUCGAAAAACUCCGUGCUGCUACAAAUCAACAUAAGUCCUCUCUCGACCGUGUACGGUCCACUAGAGCAGAGCAACAAGCUUCACGGACACUACGGCAGGAACAGGAUUCCGCUUAUGAGCGCUCGCUCGCCCAGGACAGGGAGCGAGCGAGACAGCGCCGUGAAGCUGAGGCUGAGCGUGAGCGCCAGGAGCGAGAGGCCAUGGAGCAGCAGGCUGCUGCUGAAAAACAUUACAGGGACCUUCAGCAGUGGAAGAAAUGGAGGGCACAGUCAAUACCUGCAGAGCCAUCUACGGAUAACAAAGAUGCGAUCCGCGUCAGUCUUCGCUUGACUUCGGGGGAGAGGGUCAUACGACGCUUCUCCAGCGAUGCUGAUAUAGAGGAAGUCUACGCGUUCGUUGAAUGCUACGAUGUCCUACACCCAAGUGAGGAGGACGAUAAUACCGAGGAAGACGAAAAGGGCUCCUCGGAGGUUACAGAACCGGAGAACUUCGAACACAAGUAUGGGUUCCGCCUUGUUUCACCUAUGCCUCGUGCUGUAUAUGAGCUUGAAGCUGGGGGGACAGUAAAGGAGCGAAUUGGCCGAGGAGUUAAUCUCCUUGUGGAAAGCAUCGAGGACGAUGAAGACGACGAGGAUGAUGACGAGUAA